AUUCGACCUUGGUUGUGUAUAUGAAAGUGUGCGUUUCGAAAUGGCUUGCUCUCUCGGUCUGAAAAAGUGCUUAUCCGUCUGUGGUAAUCAUGAUGAAGAACUUCUGUUAUCUACUCUGUCAAGCGUUAGAGCGGAACUACAACAUGGCUUCAAGUACUAUUCUCAGGUUGGUAAUCUUGAUACUUUGUCCAAAGAGCAUGUGCGACGCUUUGUCAAAAAGAUGUCUGGAUUCUUGGAUCUGUCUGAAUCUCUUUGUCAUGAAAUUUUAGUUCAUUUUCUUGCUGUUGAAGAUAUUCCGGAUGAUCACAUAGAUGAGGUGCUUUCAGGUUGGUCAGCAAAUUGCCUCUUGGAAGACGUUCGACGGUUCUACUGGAAAGAUCGCAUAUGUCUAAUUAGACUUCUGAAGCUAUGCGUUUGCCAAUGGCACGAUUCUUGGUCACUGGUUUCCGAUGUUCUUUUUGCAAUGACAUCAUACGAAAGCUGCAGGGAUUUGGUUGUUGAUGCUUUAGAUGAAUAUCACAUUCAGCACCAAAAUACAUGCUCUUUAAUUGAAAGUUGGAGUCAUUCAUCUUCAGGUUUUGUUUCAAAUCGUAACACAGUUGGAGCUGAUGAAUCGAAUCAAUUUGGUGUGAUUGCUGCCCAAAAACUAAAGGAGUUAAUUGAACUGCUUGAACUUAUCCUUCUAGGCGUUCAUGGUCUUUGUCUUAAUGGUACGAAUAAAAAUUCUCCUGUUGUGUUUAAGAAAGUGUUGGAGACGUUCUGGUCUAUUUCCUUCGGAUCGUCUCUCAAAAAUCUUAGGACAAAUAAUUUGAUGGUGGACCAAAUUUGUUUCACACAGACACUUAUUCUUAUUCGAGCAGCGAAUUUGGAUUCUAUAGUUUUGUUUUCGAAUCAGUCACUCGAUGACUUCGCAUUGCCCUACCGCAGGUUGAAAAAUUCCAAUGUUGCAUCUAAAUCAAAAUUGGCUUCAGAAAUUACCACUAGUUCAAAAGAUGAAGUACCCACUCACUUCUUAUACGAUUCUAAUUUACUAAAUCGACUGCUAGCUAGUUUAUCGAACCUUGGGGAGUAUCAGGUGCACGGGCCAUUGUUGUUAUUUGGUGCAGUUUGUGCAAUUGCUUUCACUCAUUCGGGGUCAGUUUCUCGUAACUCAUCGGAUCCGAGUCCUGACUCAACCUACGAACUUUCUGAUUACUCGAAGUCACAAAAUUUUGACGAGAAUAUAUCUGUUAUUUCUGAACAUUGUGCUCAAAUAUCGAUCCAGAACCUCGAUGUAUUUCGAUUUUUAGUUGGGAGAUUAGAUCGUAUUGAUUUCAGUCCACCCCAGGUCUCGCAUAUGGAUUGCAAUGUUUCUGUCCCAUAUAGUGAGUUUAAUGCUAGUCUCGUUAGCUUGGCUACUCAUAGCGCCAUAUUUGAUCUGGUUACGCUCCUAGCACGAGGUGUCACAUUAUGGUCGUUGGAUAGCAAUCCCCCUCCUACUUCACAGUUAUUUGAUUCUCUUGAUUAUCCAAACAGAGAUGGAUUUCUUACUUUGUUCUCACGAACUCUUCGAGUUGUUGUAACUAAUGCCCAUUUGGUUCGUUGUCCAAUGUCUAAGGGAAUUCCGGACACUUCAGAUGAUGUUCCAGAUUUUCCAGUGGAUAGUGGCCCGAGAAUUGGCUGUCGGAUUUUCGGACUCAUUGAAUCGCUUAUAGAAAGUUUUCCGUAUGAUCUAAGCGUACUUCGUUUCUAUACAAGUUUGCUUGUUCCUUCAAGCAGUACUAAAAUUAAAUCUGGAUCUAUCGACCUAGUUAAUCAUGUCAAAGAAUUUAUAAGUCGUGUUCCAUACCUCGCUGAACCACUGACUGAAUCAUUAUUAAAAAACUUGUCUCCACGAAAUGCGUCAUUAUACCCACAGCUUACCAGUAAUAUCGAGAAGAAAUUAUACAUGCAGGUUGUUUUAAAUAAACCACGAACGGUCAUGACUGUCAAUUCAAAAAUAACCUCAUCAUCUACCAGUUUACCUGAGAGGAAUAAUAUCUUCUCAGGAGUCUACCUGGUAUCAGGGACACAAGGUUAUGUUGAUCAAGAUUUAGGUCUUGUUGUAUGGCGUAUUGAAUAUUCUUUGUGGCACGUAAUUGGCAAUGAGAUUUAUUUAGCUGAAUUGGCACUUAACGAUUUUCAUAAAUCUAUUGCUUCAUCUAAGGAUAAAUAUGAAGCUCGUGUAAUAUUAAAUACUACGUCAUAUGAUUCUGAUUUACUUCAAACUCAAGCUGAAUUUUAUGCUCAAUUUUAUACUAGGUUAACACGAUUGUUGGAUCUCCUUGAGUUUAUAUCCGCUUGUUUCAAGUGUGAUUUGUAUAUUUCUCAAUGUUUAAUAUCAAUUGAAUAUAUUUGGAUGAUAAUUUUACGUUAUUUAAAUAUUAUACCAUCUGACCAAGUCAAUUUAAUUGUUCAAUAUAUCACUAAUAACAUAUCAUCAUCGUCAUUCAUUAAAAUACAUCGAAAUUUUUAUGGAAAAAUUAAAUCUUCAAAUGAAAUAAUAACAAAUCGUAAUUCAAUUGAUGAAUUAAUUAUUCAUUCAUUAUUACCUAAUUUAUUGUGUUUAAUUGGACAUUCGUUAUUAAAUUUACCUACAUUAAGAUCAAAGCAGUUAAUUAUGGAAAAUAUUAAUCUAUUGACUAGUGUAUUAAAUAAUAGUCAUAGUAUUAUACCACGUAUGGUUAUUAAUCAGAAUAGUCAAAACUCACAACUAACAUUUGGACUUAAUUCUUGUUAUUUAAUUAACACUAUUCUUAAUUAUAAUUCAUCGGAACCAAUUAAUUUUUUAAAUUUUCACCAAGUAACAUCAUUACAUCAUUAUUCAACAAAUGAAUAUCAAUUACUUAUUUCAUAUAUUAAUUUUAUAUCUGGAUUAUUUUUCUUUAUUCGAUGGGCAUAUUCUAAUUCAGAAUUUAUUAUUGAAAAUAUUCAUAUUGAUAUUAUACCAUUAUAUAUUGAAUGUUCUGAAUUAAUUCAUGGAUGUCUUGUAUUUAUUAUUCAAUAUCUUAUGAUAAUGUGCUCACAAGUAGAUUAUUGUAAUGAAAAUUUCAAUAUUCAUUCUAUUAAUAAUGGGUUAAUUCAAAAAAAUCUUUUAUUAAAAGUAGAUUUUGAUCAAUUAGCUAAUUUAGCCGAACAUUGUUUCAUGUUAUUAACCGAUGUAUUAACAACUCGUACAUCGGAACAAGAUAUACAAAUUUUACGAAUGAUUUUAAAACAACUUAAACAAGAAUCUUCAUCAUCUUCAACAUCAUUGUUUCAUUUAUUUCCUAAAUUCAUAUCUGAAGAAAAUCAUUGGCCUAUAACUUAUCAAUGUAUCACAUUACAUUUAUUACUCAAUGAUACACGUUCAUUAAAUGCUUUAAUAGCAUUCUCAUCAAUUCACCAAAGUAUUUUAUUGAGACAAACAGAAACCAUUGAAUACGGUUUCCCUAUGUCAGUCUACUUGAAUAAUUGUGAUAUUUCAAGGAAAACAAUUCUAGUGGAUAAUAGUAGUUCACCAACUGUAAGAGCUGUUUGGUUAUCGCUUACAUUAGUUCAUCAUUUACUUAACUUAGAAAAUAAAUUAAUGAUUGAACCAGACAAUUCGAAUUCAACACCUCCUCUAUUGACCAGUUUGCAGUGUUAUUCUAAUUCAUUCACUGGGGAUCAUUACAUCACCACCUUAUUCUCUUAUCUUCGGUAUUCGUUUAGUGUUGGAAUUUCUCGUUUGGUUGUUGCAUUACUAAAGUGGAUAACACAGUAUUCAUCUGUUGAUAUUACAAAUUAUUUGGGCAAUGAGUCAAAUCAAAUACGUACAUCUUCCCUGAAGAGAUUAGUGUCCACUACAGAAGAUCAAUUGGUACGUGUUGGAUUGUAUGAUUUAUUAUCAGAGACAGUAUUAAAUAGUGAAAAAUACGGACUUAUUAGUUCACGAUUGCCAGUUGGGCUAUUACGUUUACUUUUAACAGAUGGAACUAUUAUAGGUUCAGAUAUGGAGUUGAAUAGAACGAUGGCUACUAAAUCCAAAGAAAUUUCAAAUUCUGAUUGUUUGGAUUGUGUAAUAGAUACACUUAAGGAACUUCAGAUUAAAUCUUUCCAGAAACAGUUUGACGAUAAUGAAAAUACUAAUAAUAAUCAGUUAUCAACUGUGUUGUUUUGGAGUGUGACGAAAUUUAUCUCAUCUCUUUAUCUCCUAAAUAUUCAACCAUGCAUUGUAAAUUUAAAACAAAGGUGUGACUUUUGGAAAACUCUGACUGAUCCUUUCUUCACUUUUUUAAGAUUACAAGAAUCCGAAAAGGAACCAUUAUCAGAUAUUGAAAAUGAACUCUGUGGAGAUGUUGUCAGUAUUUUAGCGUUAGAACUCUACAAUAAGACAAGCUAUACAACAAAUGAUGAGAGUUUUAAAUCGUUUACAUCAGUUAUGGAUUAUUUUGUGAAGAAUAAUUUGUAUAAUUUAUGGUUUAAGUUAACUCGUAAAUGUUUACAUAAAAUAUUAUCGUCCAGUGAAUCGGAAGAUGUAUCUGUAGAAUAUCUUCAAUCUCGGCUAACAUCUCUACACAAUGUAACAUGUCGUUGGAAAUGUUUAUUAUUGUUAAACUACAAUGAUGACAAUGUCGAUGAUAAUAAUUUUGAUAGUAAUGGUAGUAACUCCAAUAGAAACCAAUUAAUGAAUUCAAGAAAGCAAUCAAAAGAUAAUUUUACUACAAUACCUUUAUCGAUUUUGAAUGAUUUAAUUGAGUGUUUCAAUCUAUUGCGUGAUCUACCGCCGAUUCAGUCAACUUUUGAUUUAGGAAAUCAAUUAGCUACAAUACUCAAUACAACUUUAGUGUAUUUAUAUAAAACUUAUAAUACGUCAAAGAAAAACACACCAAUCGAAGAAUUAUCAACGAAUGAUUUGGCUAAUUAUUUAACAAAACUGAAUGAUCUCUUGUCAAGUUUCCAACUGGCUAUAGAUUUCCAAAUUCAGCAUAUGCAUUCAGAUUUACUAGCCAGUACUUACACACUGUUCAGUUGGUAUGAUUCGAAAAGAUUAAAUGAAAAAACCACAGAUGAUAAGUUUGAACUACUUCAAUCUUCUUUAUUCAAUAAUGCAAUUCGCUUUUUAAGCCAACUCACACGUAAUCCUAACAUAAGUAAAAUUGAAGAAUCUGUAAGUUCAACAAGUGAUGUAUUCACUAUAUUUUUCCAUAAUAAUGUUUAUAUGAAAUGUUCCCGCGCAUCUUUGGGAUGCGUUACUCUCUCUUUGGAUGUUAAACGUUGCUUCAGGAUUAGUCUGUGUUAACGUGUAAACAGUUUAUAUGGAAUGAAGUAGUUGAUGGUGUUGAGCACUUUAUUUGUCUUUAAAGUCUUAUCAGCUUUGGUGGGUCAGUGGCUGACGCAAUCUCGCACCGGGUUCAAAAUUCUCAAUUGGGUUUGUCAACUUACAUCACCUGUCGUAUAGGCGAGAUAUCUGAUUUUUAGAUAAAACUGAUAUAGUGGGUGUAGCGGUGCGAAAGUAACUUUUGCGGUAGUUAUACGAUGGAUUAUUGUAUAUAUUUUCAUUGUAUAAACAUUAGGCUCUUUAAGUAUAUUUUUAUAUUCUCCUAUUUUUAAUUUUUCGUUUGAUCUAUAAAUUGCCGUCACAUGUCUUAUUGCUUCAAAUUUAUCGUCAUUUAAUUAUUUAUUUUUACAGGGUGAUAAUAAUACUGAUAAUAAACUGAUGAUAUACAUGGUGACGGUGAGGUUAAAUAAACAAAGGUAUUAG